UCAUGGACCCGCGAACUUUUAAAGUUGCAUAUUUCCAUAGGAGCCUAAGUAUAGUUCUAUGGUUGGGAAAGCACAUGUUUUCUUUGUAAUCACAUAACCUCUAGCUUUGUUAUUGAUACAAAUUAUUUCAAAUAAAAAUAUAUCUUAGUAGUUAAUAUAUAAUGGGAAGCGAGAUUCUAACUUUACAAUUAGGUCACUAUUCAAACUUCGUAGGAGCACAUUUGUGGAAUAUUCAGGAAUUAAGUUUUCAAUACGGUUCGGAUAAUCCAUCAGAAAUUAACCACGAUGUAUUAUAUCGCGAAGGGAUUACGAACAAGCGAGAAGUCACGUUCACUCCUAGAUUGCUAUUGGUGGAUUUACAAAACAGUUUAGGAUCAUUACCUGAACAAGGGGACUUGUAUGAACCAAUACCUGAUUGUUCUAAAGAAAAUGUUAUUUGGGAAGAAAAUUCGAUUGAAGUUCAAGCGGGACCGAGUAAAAUUAAAAACAAAUUUAAACGCGAUUUGGAAGAUCCCAUACAAUCCACUAAUGUUUUGACUAAAAACUAUAAUUUAGAAGAAACUGUUAAUGUAUGGUCAGAUUUCCUGUAUGCCAGAUUUCAUCCUAGGACUGUUGAAGUCGUGAAACAAUAUCAACACUGCAAUGAAAAUACACCUUUUGAUGUAUUUCCACUUGGCAAUGCCGUUUGGAAAACUCGUCAAUUCACAGAAGACUUCACAGAUAAAAUCAGAAAUUACAUAGAGGAAUGUGAUAAUUUCCAAGGUUUCCAUUUUCUUACAGAUUGUACCAAUGCUUUCUCUGGCAUGACCUCAUCUUGCUUAGAGUAUAUCAGAGACGAAUAUGACAGAAAAUCAGUUUUAGUUUUUCCAGUUUUACCAUCAAGUUAUCCAAAUAUAAAUGAUCAAAUAGAAAAAUCACAAUCAAUAUUAAAUGAUUCAGUUAGAGUAAUUAAUUUAGCUUUGAGUUUUAAUCAAUUUAAUAUGUACUCUUCAAUGUUUGUGCCUUUGAGUGUUGGUAGUAAGGGCUGGAGACAACCAGGACCUGAACGGAAAUUCAACAAUUUGAAGUAUAAUCAUACACUACCAUAUCAUUCUAGUGCAAUUCUAGCAGCUGCUUUGGAUACUAUAACAUUGAAACAUAGAGUAAAAAAUUCAUCAUUUACUUUAAGAGACCUUAUUGCAGAUCUGACUAUAAACGAAAGGAAAGCAAGUGCAGCUAGUAUACAAAUUCCGUUCCACAUUGAAGAAAAUAGUGACCUUCUCGAAUGUUUGGAUAACUGGAACGGACCUUUGUACCAAAGUAUUACACCUAGUUGUAACUUGGGUAUUCGUCGUUUGAUGCAACAUAUAACAUUAAGAGGUAUAAAAGAGGAAAAAUUGAAGAAACCAAUGGAAAAAGUUGGUAAACAAAUAGAAUUACCAGCAUAUAGAUGUAAUACGAUAGAAGAAAUGUUAUCUUUAUAUUUAUCUUACACAACAGAAGCUACUGCCAAUAAUGUAACGGUUGUGCACAGUCCUCUAAGUGUUAAAACACCGUUUCCUAAAUUUUUUAAUAAUAAUGGUAGCAACCAGCAAGAAAAUUUUCCAAUAGAGAGUAUACCACUUCUUGCGGGGAUACAUAACGGAUCUGAAAUUGGGGAUAUGUUGGAAUCUUUACAUACCGAAGCGAGAAAAAUCAAAAUAGCGAAAUUUAAUCAGUUUUCGAGCGGUGGAAUUGAUAAAGAUGAUUAUGAAGAGUGUUUGGAUAAUUUAUUUACUUUAAGAGAAAAUUACGAAGAUAAUUAUUUAUUAUAAUUGACUGACUAACAAAUAAUUAAGAGGAAUUUCAAUAUACCAGAAAUGUAAAGAUUAUAAAUAUAAUUUAAAUAAAUUUUUGACAGAUU